AUGGCUGCAUCACUUCAAACCAAAUACCCUCUAAGUCCUAUCACCAACAACGUUCCAAGAACCCACCGUCCUUUACCUCUCCAUGUUCGUGUCACGUGCUCUGCUUCUACCACCACAACCACCAAGCCUCAACCUAAACUCGUGGUUGAGAAACCUUUUUUGAAUCCUCCUCUUUCCAACGACCCAACUCUCCAGUCAACAUGGACUCAUCGUUUAUGGGUUACAGCUGGUUGCACCACAUUGUUUGCCUCUUUGGCUAAAUCCAUCGUUGGAGGGAUUGGUUCUCAUCUUUGGUUAGAACCAGCUCUAGCCGGUUAUGCAGGGUACAUCUUGGCUGAUCUAGGCUCUGGUGUGUACCACUGGGCCAUUGAUAACUAUGGUGAUGAGUCAACGCCUCUAGUAGGAACUCAAAUCGAAGCGUUUCAGGGUCACCACAAGUGGCCUUGGACAAUCACUAGAAGAGAAUUUGCUAACAAUCUACACGCUCUGGCUCGAGUCAUAACCUUCACGGUGCUUCCACUAGACCUUGCGUUUAAUGACCCUGUGGUUCAUGGCUUUGUGAGCACGUUUGCGUUUUGCAUAAUGUUUAGCCAGCAGUUCCAUGCUUGGGCUCAUGGAACCAAGAGCAAGCUUCCACCUCUCAUGGUGGCGUUACAGGACAUGGGAGUGCUUGUUUCACGGAGACAGCACUUGGAACAUCACCGAGCACCGUAUAACAAUAAUUAUUGCAUUGUGAGUGGUGUUUGGAACAAAGUUUUGGAUGAGAGUAAGGUCUUUGAGGCGUGGGAAAUGGUGUUAUAUUUCAAGUUUAGGGUGAGACCUAGGUCGUGGAGCGAGCCAAACUCUGAGUGGACCGAAGAAACAGACAUCUCCAACAACCAAGCAUAA